AUGGCCUGCUCCGAGUCGCACUCGCUCAUUCGCGCCAUCGAGGCCGCCUGCGCCGCGUCCCCUGCCGGCGCCGACCUCCUGGUGACGGCGUUCGUGCUCUCGCUGCAGUCGUACCGCCGCCCGUCAGUGUGUAGGCCCUUCCCCUCGUCGCUCUUCACGUUGCCCGGUCCGCUCCCCGACAAGGACUUCCCCGCUGCGCUGCGCUGCUGCGCGCUGCUGCCGCCCAUCGCCGCCAUCGCCCACGCUUCCCGCGCCCCGCCACCGUGCUGCCAGCCCCACGCGGCUGCCGCCAGUGCCACGCACGCCCCCGCUGCUCAUGCCCCCUGUGCUGCCCGGGGUGAUUCCCAUGCUGCUGCGUGUCCGUGCAACUGCACACCUCCGCCCUGUGCAUGUGCAUGUGCAUGUGCGUGCUCGCCAGCAGCAGCAGCGCCACCAUGGCACAGCAACAUGCCCAUGCCUGCCCUCCGCCUGCUUGCAUGGGUCCUCGCGCCUCUCAUGCCCUCCCCGCCCUCACUCUCCGCCGCUCCAGGCGCACUCACACCCACUCUCCACCAUGCCGCCCCCCAGGACAAGCAGCAGCAGCAGCAGGAAGGGCGUGCAGGGCAGCAGGGGGGCAGGCAGCAGGGGCGGCUGCAUGUGGUGCAGGUGGGGGAUGUGCAGGGCACGUUAGCCAAGGUGCUGACGUCAUGGCAGAUGGGCAUGCUGACAUCAUCGCCAGCUGCAGCUGGGGGGCGCAAUGUGUUGCCACAGUGCUUGCUGGAGCUCGUCACAUCGUUGCCACCCACGGCCACUGCACAGGGCCCGGUAGGAGCCACGGGUACAGGAGGCAUGGCAGGCAGUGGCAGAAGCGACGGCAGGGGGGAUGGGUUUGAGGCGAUGGCGAGGGCGCAUGGGAGCAUCAUGGCGUUCCAUGGCACGCCAUCGGAGAACAUGCACGGCAUCCUGCGCUGCGGUAAUGCAUGCCUCUGCCCUCGCCCCUCGCCUGUUCAAAUAUUCCCUUUGCGUUCACCACCGCACCUUGCACCCCUCCCCUCCCGUCGCCUCCCUGGCGUGCAUGGUGCAGGGCUGUUGAACCUGUCACGCACGGCACUGCAGCGCAACGGCAGCAUGCACGGCGAGGGCAUCUACCUCUCCACCGACCCCACCGUCGCCUUCACCUUCUCACAACCCAGCGACGCCACUCACGCACUCCCCUCCCUGACCCCACCUUCCCCUUCCGCCUCGGUAACCACUGGCGCGCUUCCCUUUGCCCUUGAUGCGCGCAACAAGGAGCAGGUCAGGGUGCAGCGAGGCAUGGCCGGGUGGCAGUGGUCUGAACUGGGUGCAGCACCACGCUUUGUUCUGCUGUGUGAAGUCAUCACAGGCCCCGGCGUCAGAUGCUCCACCCCCUCCCAUGCUGCGAACGAUCAGCGUGCCUCCCAGCCGCCAGCCUCACCUGCUGCGGCCCCCAAUCCACUUGCACCUGCUGCUGCUGCUGCCUGUGGGAAGGUGGAGUCACAGCAAGGCGCACAGCAGCAGGCUCAAGGAGAGGGGCAGCAGCAGCAGCUGGGCACAUACGUGGUGGUGGAGAACCCAUGCAUGCUGCACAUCCGCUACAUCAUGCUCUACUCCACUGCCCCUGCUGCCACCCCUCCAGUGCACCAUCCCUCACUGCCCGUAGCUGCUGGGUCACCUGUGCCACACACCGUUGCAGCAUCAGCAGCAGCGUCGCCAUCACCGGCUGCAUGUCGUGGCUCCCCGAUAGUUCCAUCCUCCCUUGCAGGCUCACCAGCCUCGGUGUUAGAUACUGCUCCUGCCUCCUCCACUCCUCCCCCGCCGUCCCUCCCCUGCGCCCAGCACCGCCUGCUAGAGCAACCCCAUAGUGCCGCGCACCUGGCUUCCUUACCAGCUGCCACUGCUGCCUCUGGCGAAGCAGUAUGCGAGCAGGACUUGCACGGGCAAGGCAGAGCGGAGUGUGGAGGGCAGAGCCGUGGAACUUGUGAGGGUGUGGUGCGUGGUGGCACGGGGAUAGGCACACGUGCCAUGGAAAGCCAAUCAGCAGUACAGUGCUCUGGAAUGUCACGAGAUGCAGGCACAGCAACAGGUGCGGCAGCAGGACCAGCUAGUGCGCAGAGGGAAGGCGUUUCGGCGUUGAUGCUGCUCGCGUCAUUAGUUCCUUCGCUCCGCGGAUCAGCGAACGUCGUCGUGCAUGCGUCGACAUUUCGUCGAUCCCCAUCCGCCAAUGAAGCCUCUGCCUUGCCCAAUGCGCAUCGCAUGUGUGUCCUGCCUGCGCCCGCCUCCCUGUGUUCCCUCCACCUCUGGCAGCUGGAAGAAUUUCGCAAGAAGCAGCAGCAGAAGCAACAGCAGCAGCAGCACGACCCGGCGGCUAAACCCGACGCGGCUGUCGACGUGUCCAGGGCGAGCGACGCGGGGUCCCUCGAUCCAUCGGACGCUUCUUCCGCCGCCAAUGCUGCCGCCUCUUCCGUAUCCGCGUCGCCAGCCAUGGACGUCCCGCCAUCGCUCGCGCCCGUGUCCGUCGAUUUCGCGCCAUCGGACGGCGAGGAUGCUGUGGGCGACGGCGACUUCCAGACGCCUACCGGGUCGCCGUCCAGCGUGCGCAGCGGCGGCAGCACCGGCCAGCGCACGGCGGCGCUGGUGGCGCGCAUCCGCGCGUUCGUGAGCAUGGCGCAGGGCUUCAUCGCGCAGGCGGCGUUGGAGAAGCCACAGAGGGACGCGUUGGAGGCGAAGCUGCAGGAGCUGAGGCACCACGCCGCCGAGCACCACGUGCCGCCCGCCACCGACGACGCCUCGCAUUCACUCGCUCCAGACGCUGACGUGGCAAGCCUGCAGGCGCGGCUGCAGGAGGCGGAGGCGGAGGCGCAGCGCAGCAAGGCGGAGGCGGAGGCGGCGAAGGCAGCGGUGGGGGAGGCGCGCGCGGAGCAGAGCAAGGCGGAGGAGCGCGUGGGGGUGCUGCGGGAGAAGCUGCAGAUGGCCAUCAAGCGCGGCAAGGAGGCGGUGCAGCAGCGCGACUCGCUGCGCGAGGCCGUGGCGGGCAAGGAGCAGGCGCUGCAGGCGGCGAGCGGCGAGCUGGCGGCGGAGAGGGCGGCGCACGCGGAGACGCGCGCUCGGCUGGCGCACAUGGAGGAGGAGCUGGCGGUGCGCAUGGUGCGCGUGCAGCAGGAGAUGAUGGGCGAGGUGGACGCCGCGGAGCGCAGGCGCGUGGCGGAGCAGGCGGCGCUGCGCGAGGAGCUGAGUGGCGCGGAGAGGCGCGCCAAGGAGGCGGAGCAGAAGGCGCGCGAGGUGGGGAAGAAGCUGGCGGCGUCGGAGAUCAAGGGGCUGUCGCUCGAGGGCGACGCCAGUAAGGCCAAGACGCGCGCCGACGCUGCUGUGCGGCGGGAGAAGGAGGCGGAGGGCAAGCUCGCUGCUGCCCUGGAGGAGCGGCGGGAGUUGGAGGCGCGGUUGGCAGCAGCGGAGGCGGCAGUGCGGCAGUCAGCGCAGCAGGGAGAGGAGGUGCGCGAGCGUCUGGCGUCGCUGCAGGCGCACAUGCGCCCGCACCUCGCUGCGCUCUCCGCCCACCUCGCCUCCGCCCUCACCGCCGCCACUGCAGCUGCUGGCGGCAGCAAGGACGCAGGCAGCAACGGCGCGGGGGUUGAGGGCGAGGGGGAGGGCGAGGGAGCGGUGGGGACGUGGGGCGGCAUGGAGGCGUGGGUGGACGACCGCAUGGAAGGGCUGCUGGAGACAGCGGGGCGGGUGGCUGCGCAGGUGGCGCGGGGCGUGGGCGCGCGCGAGCAGGAGGUGCAGGAGCUGCGCGCUGAGGUGAGCCGCGCGGAGAAGGAGAAGGGCGAGGCGCGCGAGCGGCUGAGCAAGGCGAUGACCAUGGGGAAGAAGAUGGAGAAGCAACGGGACGAGCUCAAGGCCAAGCUCAAAGACGCUCACACGCAGCUCCUGCACCUCAGCGAGGGGCACGCAGGCACGGAGGGCCAGGAGGAGGCGGCGCAGCAACUGAGGCGAGCGGAAGAGCAGGUGGUGGCACUGACGGCAGCAGUGGCGAAAGCGCAGGGGGAGGCGCAGCAGGCGAAGGGAGAGGAGGAGCGCGCGCGGGAGGAGCUGGGGCGCGUUCAGGCGACAAUGGCGGAGGUGCAGGGCGAGGCGGAGAGGGUGAGGCGCGAGUUGGAGGAGGCUGUGAGGCGCGCGGAGGAGCAGAGCGCGGAGUGGCAGGGCAAGGGGCAAGCAGGGCAGGCGCAGGCGGAUGAGCUAGCGAAGGAGGUGGAGGGGGUGCGCGCGGAGAUGGGGAGGGCGGCGGAGGAGUGGAGUGAGCGAGUGCGGGCGCUGGAGAGCGAGGUGGGUGAGCUGCAGGCGCAGGUGCAUGCUGCACGUGGGGAGGUGGAGGAGGCAAGGCAGGCAACGGAGGAGCAUGCCAGAGCUGUGCAGGCGAAGGCGGAGGAGGUUGUUGUGGGCGAGCGAGAGGUGGAGCAGCUGCGGGAACAGGUGCAGGCAGGGCGAGACGAGGCAGAGAGGCUGAGAGAGGAGGCAGCGGCCAUGGCGGAGAGAGCGGUUGCUGCAGAGGCCCGCGCAGAGGCCUUGGCGGAGGAGGGUGGCGCUGCCAAGGCCAGGGGUGACGCCCUGGAGGUAGACUUGGCAGAGAUGCGCGCACAGGUGGUGGAGGCGAGGGCGGCCGCGGAGAGCGCAAGAGGAGAGGUGGAGGCGCUGCAGAGGGAGGUGGAGGGCGUGCAGGCGCGGGUGGAAGAGGGCGAGCGGGAGCGCGAGCAGCUGAGGGCUGUGGGCGAGGCAGAGGCGGCGGCGAGGGGGGCAGCGGAGGAGAAGGUGAGGAGCCUGGAGGCGGAGGUGACACGGCUGGUGGAGGAGGGGCGCGGGAGAGAGCAGGCUGUGGAGGAGGCGGUGCAGGCAAGGGAGCGCGCAGAGGGUGCGGUGGAAGCCGAGAAGGUGACGUGGCAGGAGGAGGUGGCGCGCAAGGAGAGGCAGGUGGCGGAGGAGCAGGGCGUGGCCGCUCAGCUGAGAGCUGCACUGGCGGAGUCCGAGACACGGCUGGCAGAGAUGGAGGCGCAGGUGGCACGGCUGCAGGCACAGGCGGCGCAGCAUGCAGCGGAGGCGCAGGCAGCAGGCAGCGGGCAGGAGGAGGUGGCACGGCAGGUGGCAGCGCUGCAGGCAGAGGUGAAGGAGGCGGCAGAUGCAGUGGAGGCGAUGAGGGCUCUCAAGGCGGCAGCAGACACGGCGCUCAGUGAAGCAGUUGCUGAGGCAGAGGCUGAGAGGGAGCAGCACAGAGAGGCGCUGGGCGCUGUGGAGUCAGAGCUGGAGGAGGCGAAGGCGCGGGUAGUGGCGCUGGAGCAGGAGGUGGAGGGUGUGCGGCAGCAGGUGGGUGAGGCACAGCAGGCUGCUGCUGCCGUGGUGGCUGAGAGGGAUGCGGCGAGGCGAGAGGCUGAGGGAUUGAGGGAAGACGUGGAGCGAGCGAAGGCGGAGAUGGAAGCGAGUGCGGGGGAGAGGGCACGCGAGCGGCAGGCAAUGACGGAUAAGGCUGCUGAGGAGGAGGCGAGGAGGGUGGCAGCGGAGCAGAGGCAGAGCGAGAUGGAGCAGGAGGUGGCCGAGAGUGCAGCGCGGUUGAGAGCGUUGCAGGAGGAGGUGGAGCGAGUGGAGGGGGAGAAGAAGCUCGCAGAGGAGAGGGUUGCAGAGAUGGAGAGGCAGGUGGCGCAGAUGGAGGAGAGUGUGCGAGCAGCGAGUGGCGAGGCGGAGGGCAAGCAACAGGAGGUGGUGCACUUGCAGGAGGAGUUACGAGCACUGCAGGAGGUGGUGGGGGCGAAGGAGAGCGAGGUGGUGGUGGAGGCGAGGCAGAUGGCGAGUGAUCUGAAGGAGGAGGUGGGCAGGGAGAAGGAGCGGCGCGAGCAGGCGGAGGCGCAGGUUGAGGAACUGAAGAAGACGGGUGACGGGCAGAGUGAGCGCGGUGGUGGGGAGGAGGUGGCGCAGGAGCAGCAGGCGGUGGGCAAGGCGGAGAAGGGGCUGAGGAUGCAGUUGGAGGAGAAGGAGAAGCACGUGGCACGGCUGAAGGAGCGCAAUGACAUGCUGGGGGGCGAGGUGAAGAAGCUCAAGGCGGAGAUCGCCCGCCUGGAGGGCGAGGCGGCGGACAGGGGCGGGAAGAAGGGGAAGAAGGGGGGUGGGGGAGAUGCCAAGGUGAGGGCGGAGAGGGAUGCGCUGCAGAAGCGCGUGAAUGAGGCGGAGGGCGAGGUGAAGGCGCUCAAGAAACAGGUCGAGGCAAGCGAGGCGGCCGUGGCGAGGGUAGAGGCGGAGCGGGAGAGUGCGGUGGCUGCCGCUGUGAAGAAGGCGAGCGAGGAGGCAGAGCAGGCGAGGGAAGACGCUGAGAGGCGCGUGAGCGAGGCGCAGGGCGAGGUGCAGGCGCUGAAAGUGCAGGUGGGAGAGCUGCAGAGAGCUGCGGAGGAGGCAAAGGGGAUGGCAGAGGAGGCGAGGAAGGAGGCGGAGAGGGAGCGAGAGGCGAGUGAGCAGAGGUUGGGAGAAGUGGGGGCGGCUUUGGAAGAGGUGGAGAGGGAGAAGAAGGAAGUUGAGGAGAGGCUUGCAGAGGUGCAGGGAGAGGUGGCGAGGACAGGUGAGGUGGUGGAGGGGCUGCGAGAGGAGGUACAGGCUGUGAGGAGGGAGAUGGAGGCGAAAGAGACAGAGUGGGGGCGAGAGCGAGAGGUUGAGAGAGAGAAGGAGAAGGAGAGGGAGGCGGAGCGAGAAUCAGAGAAAGAAGCAGAGAGAAGGGAGAGGGAGAAGGAGAAGGAAGAGGAACGACGGCGGGUGGAGGAAGAGAAGGAGGCGGAGAAGAAACAAGAGAUAGCAAUUGUGCAAGAGGAGGUGGAGGCUAAACUUCGGACAAUAGAGGAGGCGAGGCAGCAGGCAGAGGCAUCAUGGCGAGCAGAGGAGUCAGAGCUGAGGGCGCAGGUGGCAGCACUGGAGGAGAAGGCGCGAGGGCUGUGUGCGGAGGUGGAGCGGGUGAGGGGCGAGCAUGCGAGGGACGUGGAGGAGCGGUGCCAGGCGCAGGCAGCGGUGGAGGCAAGCAGGGCCGCACUGGAGGCAGAGGUGGCGAGGCUGCAGGAGCAGGUGGGGGCUGCUGCAACGAUGGUGGAAGCAGGCUUGCAGGCUAGGGUGGAGGUGGAGCAGGCAGUGGUGAGACAGCUGCAAGCAGAGGUGGCAGGCCUACAGGAGGCGAUUGCGGCGGUGCAGGAGGAUAGCGAGGCAGCGACAGCUGCUGGUGCUGAAACAGGAGCAGAGAGAGACCGGUUAAAGGAGGAACGGGAUGAACUUGAUGGGGCGCUGAAGAAGCUCCAGGGAGAAAUGGCAGGGCUGAAGGAGUUGGUGUCGGCUUUGGAAAGCGAGAGAGAUACAGUGAAGGGUGCACUUGCUGCAGCAGAAGAGGAGAGGGAGAGAGUGCUGGAGGAGCGGGAGAGAGUGCAGAGGAAGAAGGAUGAACUGGAAGCAGCAGUGAUGAGAGUGCAGGGCGAGGUGGAGGAGGCACGCAAGUCAAUAGCGGCGCUGGAGGUGGAAUGUGGAGCUGCGAGGGACGCACAGAGAGCAGUGGCAGAAGAGCGGGACGUGGAGAAGGAGGAGAAGGGGCGACUGGAGGGUGCAGUGAAGGAGCUGCAGGGCCGGGUGGAGCACUUGACGGGGCUGCUGCAGGAGGCGGAGGGGGGGGCGGGCAAGGCACAGGCAGAGGCGGAGGCGGAGGCGAGGCGGUGGCGGGAGGAGGCGGAGAAGGCGGAGGCAGCGGUGGCGGCAGUGCGGGAGAAGCUGCACAAGGCGGUGCGCAAGGGCAAGGCCAUGGAGGACGCUCGAAUGCAGGCUGAGCGGACGGCAGAGGAGGAGAGGACGCGGUUGCAGAAGGAGGUGCAGGCGAAGGAAGGCGAGGUGGCGGAAUGCAGGCAGAGGAUUGGCGAGGUGGAGGCACUGCUGGAGGCAGAGAGGGCACGAGGGGCUGAGGGCGAGAGGCGUGCUGCUGCGAUGGCAGAGCUAGAGGCACGGCUUAGCACAGCGGAGCAGGCGCUGGUGGUGAAGGAAGAGCAGUGUAGAGCGUGGGAGGAGGAGAGGCGCGUAGUCAGCGAGGAGUGGGCUGGCAAGCAGGCAGCGUGGGAGAGGAGGGAAGGUGAGAUUGUGAGGGAGAAGGAAUUGGUGGUGGAGCAGUUGCAGCAAGUGAGACAGCAGGCGGAGGACUUGAAUGGCGAGGUGAAGAGCAAGGAGGAGGAGUGGCAGGCAGCACGGCGUGCACGCGAUGAGGCAGAGAAGGAAUGUGAGAAGCUGAGGGCGGAGGUUGAGGGGCUUCAGGCCCAGAUAGCAGCUCUACAGGGUGCAACAGCCGCUGCCACAGCGAGGGCUGAGGAGCUUGCAGCACAGAGUGCAGGGCAGGUGGAUGGGCCGCAAGUGGGGGCAGAGGCAGAGGCGGUGCAGCAGGCAGUGCGGGAUGCAGAGGAGCGCGUGCGGGAGAAGGAGCAGCAGGUGGAGCGGCUGGUGGGCGAGGUGCGUGCUGCUGUAGCGGCGAGGGAAGCGGCUGAGGCGAGUGCGGAGGCGCUGCGAGGCAAGGUGGUGGAUGCAGAGGCGAAGGUGGUGGAGCUGGAGGGACAGCUGCAGCAAAUCAAGGCAGCGCCAGCAGGCAAUGGAACAGCAGACACACUACCCAACACAGCGGAGUCGAAGGGGGCGGGUGGCAAGGCGCCGGCAGAGGCGGAGGCGGGUCGGUGGAAGGAGGAGGCGGAGCGGGCGGAGGCAGCGGUGGCGGCGGUGCGGGAGAAGCUGCACAAGGCGGUGCGCAAGGGCAAGGCCAUGGAGGACGCUCGCCUGCAGGCUGAACGGACGGCGGCAGCGCUGCAGCAGCAGGUGGAGGCGGCACAGGCCCAGGUGCAGGCGCUGCAGGGCGAGGUGCAGCAGCUGCAGGGCAGGGCAGGCGCAGAGGCAGAAGAGACCGGGCGGUUGAGGGGUGAGGUGACGGCACUUGAGAGGGAGGUGGGUGAGUUGAAGGGCACGGUGGAGCGAGCACAGCAGGAGACGAGCAGGGUGCGGGCGGAGGCAGAGCAGCAGGUGAGUGGCGCACGAGAGGAGGUGGCCACAUGGAAGGCGCAGGUGGAAGCAGCCGCGGCGGAGAAAAGGCGACUGGAGGACGUGGUGAAGGGCUUGCAGGCGGCGAGCACGGAGGAGGGGAGCCACGGCGAGGGGGCGAGUGCCCGGGUGGGCGAGCUGGAGGCAGAGGUGGGGCGGUUGAAGGAGGAGGUGAAGAAGAAGGAGGAGGAAGGGAAGAGGCGGGAGGAGAACAUAAAGAAGAGGGCGGUGGAGAAGAUGAGGAAGGCGGAGGAGGACGCGAGGAAGAAGGUGGAGCCUGAGGUGACUGCACUCAAGGCUGAGCUGGCUGCCGCCCAGGACAGGCUGGCUCACUCGCAGGCUGAGGUGGCAAAGGCAGUGGAUGAGCUGGAGCAGGUUCGACACGAGUCGAGAAAACUUCGUGAGAAGGUGCAGGAGGUGGAGGGGAGGGAGGCGAGUGCACGCGGGAGAGUGGGAUUGUUGGAGGAGCGGGUGGGCGAGCUGGAGAAGGAGGUGCAGCAGCAGAGGCAGGCAGCGGAGGAGGCAAUGGCGGUGUGUGUGGCAGAGUGGCGGGGCAAGAUGGAGGAGUCAGAGCGAGGCCGGGCCAGCAGCAAGCAGCAAGUGGUUGCACUGGAGCAAGCGCUGGCGCAGGAGCAGCAGCAGGUGGCGGCAGCAAUGGAGCAGGCGGAGAGGUGGAGGGAGGAGAGUGAGAGGCGGGCAGUGGAGGGGCAGCGAGCGGAGGAGCUGAGAGUGGAGGCGGAGAAGGGCCAUGCCGUGGCCACACAGCGCGUGGAAGAGGUGGAGGGGCAAUUGCAAAAGGCAAAGUUUGCAGUGCGGCAAUGGGAGGAGGAGAGGAGGCAGGCGAGGGAAGAGGUGCAGGUGCUGCAGGGGCAGGUGGAGGCGCAGCAGGCUCAACUGGUGGAGGUCACAGCCAAGCUCGACGCUGCCCUCGCUGCUGCUGCUGCUGCUGGAGCAGGAGGCGAGGAGAGGCCUGUAGCUGGACUGGUGGCCGCAGGGAGUGAUGGUGUGGAGAAGGCGCUGAGGGAGAGUGAAGUGACCAUGGGUGCAGCACAGGUGCAGCGUGAGGAGGAGCGGCAAGAGCAAGAGCAGCAGGUGGAGGCGGCAAAGAAGUUACAGGGAGUGCAGGAGGACACGGGUGACAUAGAGGCGCAUGCACAGGCACUGCAGACUGAGAACGGGCUAUUGAGGGCAGAAAGGGAUGCGAUCAGGACAGAGAGAGAUGAGAUUAGAGCAGAGAGGGAUGAGAUUAGGGCGGAGAGGGAUAUGUUGAUGGGUGAAAGAGAUUUUAUAGCUGGUGAAAGGGACGUGUUAAUUGGUGAACGGGACAUGCUACUAGGUGAAAGGGAUGUGCUGAUUGGUGAAAGAGAUAUGCUGAUGAAGGAGAGAGAUGCUUUAGCAGAGGAGAGGGAGCAGGUGGUGGUGCAGCGGGAGGGGCUGGUGGCGGAGAGGGAGGGGUUGAUGGGCGAGAUAGAGGCGCUGCUGGUGGAGAAGGGGCACGCCAGUGGCGAGCGGGACAAGCUGCUGCUGGCGCUGGAGGAGCUGCAGCACGCCCUGGCUGCCCGCGGCGAGCUCAGUGCCGACGCACAGAGGCGUGCAGGGGGGGGCGUGGAGGCAGGUCCAGGGGAGUCGAGGUCGGAGACAGACGACAGUCACCGGCAAAGGGAGCAGCAGCCACGAUCACAGGAUCCACCCAGGGACAACCGGGAACGGGAGCGGGAGAGGGAGGGCGAGCGGCCAGCGAAGCGGCCACCCCAGCCUGGCCCUGCCCACACCCCGUUCUCGCCGCCUCUCGUAUCUCGUGCAGCCCCUUCCCCCGCUGCCGCUGCCUCUGCCUCCACGGCCUCCCCUGCUGCGCUCCCCAGCAGCAACCUGCGCCCGCUCUCAUCGUCCUCGUCGCCCUCAGCGGCGGGUGCGGGUGCGGCAUCGGCAGCAGUGCAUGUGGACAUUGAGGCGGCCACACACGCGCGGGGCGACGAUGAAGUGCAAGGAUUCACGCCCAUAGUGACUGCCUUCCGCUCCCUGCCUCGCCCCCUCAACUCAGCUGCUCGCACCAUCGACCGUCUCUUGUACGCAAUCCCUUCCUUGCUUCCCCCACAUGCACUUCCGUGCCCUCACCUCCUCCUCCGCUGCCUGCCCCAUCUCUACUCCCCCUUGCUGUGCAAUGAUAUUGCGUCACCUCCACUUCCCCAUUCCCAUGCGGCUGCCCUGUCACAUGAACUAUGCUCACUGCCCGUCACCACCCGCUCAUCCCAUUCUACCCAGCAUCCAUACCCCACGUCCACUUGCCCAACCACUCCCCAUGGUCGCCCCGUGUCCCAUGCGCCGUGCCACGUGUUUGCCCCCAUGGGCAGUGUGUCAACGGGGCGAGUGCUCAUGUCGCGGCCCCUCAUGCGCAUCGCAGGGCCGUGCGCUCCUGGCCACCCUUCUCCCCACCACCAUCGCAACUCGCUCACCGUCUCCCGCGCCCCCCCCCCUUCUUCCUGUGCUGUCUUUCCCCCUGGUGUGCAGCCUCGCAGCGAGUUGGACAUGCCAUAG